CGGCGAUGUGUUGGCGGCCACGCGUGUGGUGGAAAGAGAGACCCCUCGGAAGAGAGGACGAGAGAAGAGGCGAAGGAGAGAGAGGUGACUUCUCCUCAGGGCCUUAGUCGCCGACUGUCCGCUACUACGCGCGGUGUUACACCUUCGUCGUCAUCGUCCGACCCUCUCCUCCUCCUCCUCCUCUCCUUCGUCGUCGUUGUCGUCGCUCUCCGUCCUUCCCGCACUACCACCCUUUUCUUUCUCACCUGUUGCGGCGCAACCCUUUUGAUCGUUCGUUUUCGUGCACCCCGCGCGAUCUCUCCUCUAGCAAGCUAGUUCGCGCAGGAUCCUCGGCUGCGACUAUCGCGUGUCCGACGGAAACAGCCGGGAGACUGCAGGACCAGUGAGGCUAUCGAGAAUAAUUCUAAAGAGAAAGUGAAAAAGAGAGAAAGAAAGAGAAAGAGGGCGGCAGAAAGAGAGGACCACGAUAGGGCUGCUGAAUUUUUAAGUGCCGGGACAGUCGGGAGUAGCGGGAGCUGAAGGGAGAUUUCAACGAUGAGCUUUCAUCGUGGUGGAAGAUAGCAUCUAUGAGAGAGCCGUCGCGAAAGGACGUUUGGGAUAUCGAGAAGUUUCGAACAGUUUCGCAGGUCUCGUGGAAGAGACAACGCUAAUCCAACGGCUCGUCAUUGCCACGUGGACUAGAAUUCGUGGAAUUAGUCUGUUUACGGAUUACACUUGCCUCCAUGGUCGAUAAACCCAUGACACGACGACCGUGACAGUGUGGAAAGUAUCGAGCGGAGCAUAAACAAGAUUGUUCGCGACGGCGUUAUAUACAAGGAAAUUCCCGACAUAUUUUCGAAUGUGUGUUUCCGAUACGAUAUGAGAGUCCGUGUUGUUGAGAGGCCUCGGUACUUGUCACUUUCCUCGCACGUGCCGCGAAUGUGACCGUGACGCAAAUUAACGGACGAGUGUAGAGCGCCGGGGAUCGUCGGAAGCGCGAUCGACGAAGGAGACUCUCCGCCGGGCUGAUUCGAGAUUCGCCGUUUUGCCCCGAGGAGAUUUCGCACGGGAAGUGCGAAUUCGGAAAGUGCUAAGCGCGAACGGAUAACGCGGAUUCGCAGUGAUGUGGAGUGCGGGCUACGAGAUGCACCCGACGGUGGAAGGUGCUCCCGAUCGUCGCCACCAUUGAACGACUGUCGACAAGCGGAUUCACGCUGCCAUCUGCACGAGAGGUAAAUUCCCGAGCAAUGGCGAAUAGCAGUGAAAAAUUCAAAGGCGCGCAAAAUGUUUUAAUAGUUAGACACAAUAUCGAAGAUAAAAAUCGAAAGGAACAUGUCACGUCACGAGGACGAAGUGGGAGGUAGCACGGUGCUAGUCGAGGGUGUCGUAGGUGGCAUAAGGGGCCCAGGCGGCGGGUGCCGCGCAUCCUCGAUGACGAUGGCCGAGAGCGCCGUGGAGGACGCCGCAGCCGCGCCCCCGGGUCCGGCCAAGCCGCCACCGCCGUCCUGUACCAACAACAACACCCUCGCGGCGACGGCCAACCGCAACCACCGGAACCCGCGCAAGAAGCGGAGGCGGCUCGAGCAGGUGGUGGACACGCUGCAGGCCCACCGUAGCUCGCCGUCCGAAGGCGAGGUGCUCAAAUUCGAGGGUAGCGCGCCCGCGUCUGAAGAGGAGGACGUCUUCGGCUCGCCCAGGUCGUCGUCGUCGCGCUCAGCCGCGGACACCACCUCUAUGAUCGGCCAGUUGGCCGUGAGGCUCAAGGACGUGGAGUCGAUCACGUCGACGGAGGAGGACCCGCUCAACGAGAGCGGCGCCCAGCACCACCACCAUCAGCCCCACCGAUCUUAUCGUUACUCGUACCACCCGCACCAUCACCGACAUCGUUACUCGCCGUACCAGAACAAUCACCGGCUGCCCAAGUAUCCCGACUGCGUGUGCGCCCAAUGUUCGUCGCAGUCGCUCACGUCGAUGAUGUUGCCGUCGGCGACGUCGUUGCAGACACCGUUAUCGCGGCCCGGCUUCUCGUCCUACAGCAGCAUAUGCGGCGCGUACAGCAGCAUAUUCGAGCAAUACAUGAAUAGCAAGUACCUGUCGUCGAGCGACACCUUCCGCGGUCGCAGUCACUCCGAUUCGGACGUCGUGCCCAGGUGGGGCGAUGACAGGCUGCCCGGCUCAUCCACCUCCUCUUCCUCCGUCGUUGUCGGCCACCCGCCGCGUAGCGGCUCCCUCGAGAGCGACGGCACGAGUCCUCAGGAGUCACCGUUGGACCUUUCCAUGAAGAACCUGAUGCAGUCGGCGGCAGCAGCAGCAGCCGCCGCCGCAGCGGUCUCCGCCAGGUCGCCGGCGCUCCAGCUCUUGCCACCCGGCAUCGUGACGCGAGGUUCGGUCAGUGUGCCGGUGGUUAGGGGCGACGUCGCCUCGCCGACCACCAAGGAGACCGUCGCGGUGCGAUACAACCUGGAGGUGUUGCCGGUGGUCGAGGAGAUGGCGCCUGGUGCGGACGUGGCUUAUGUGUGCCCCGAGUGCGGGCAAAUGUUCAGUCUUCACGAUCGUCUGGCGAAACACAUGGCGUCUAGGCAUCGCAGGCAAGGUCUGCACGACGCGUCCGCCAAGGCGUACCUCUGCGACGUCUGUCAAAGGAGCUUCGCCCGCUCGGACAUGCUCACUAGGCACAUGAGACUUCACACAGGCGUGAAGCCGUAUACCUGCCGGGUCUGCCGGCAGGUAUUCAGCAGAUCCGACCACCUCAGCACCCAUCAGCGCACGCACACCGGUGAGAAGCCGUACAAGUGCCCGCAAUGCGCCUACGCGGCCUGCCGCAGGGACAUGAUCACUAGGCAUCUCAAGACUCACAAUAGGUGCGCGGAGGGACCUACUCCCAAGACCGAGCCCGGUCUGCUCGCCGCCGAGGAGUGCCCCACCUUCGGCCAGAACAUGGCCGCACCCUCGGCGAUCAUCAAGGCCGAAUGACGACGGCCGGCCGGAUGACCCUGGCUGUACUCCAACCUGAGGUCCCAGCGAGGACACCGCGGUAAGAUCGAUCGGGGCUCCUCGGGAAGCCGCGAUCGAGCUCGGUCGAGCCAUCGCGGCAGCAACGCCACGAGGGAACGAGGCCGCCGUUCGGCGGCGACCUGCGCGACGGCUGCGACGGCCGUAUGUUAGGACUUACUUUCCAAGAGAUCGCGACGUCGCGCCGGACGGAUCGGUAGACGGGCAUUUGUUUCGCUGUCGGAAUUCGAGUUCGCGGGAAUCCCUAGGAUGUUGAAGCGGCUGUUUUCAGCGGAGAAAGUUGUUCCGUGACUCUUGGAAAACUCGUGAAUCUGAUUGAACAUGAUACACACUCCUUGCCCCAAUUAAAUUCGCCAAUUUCACAACAGCAGUAGCAGUUUGCGCAGCAGUUUUCUCCGCUGAACGCACCUGAGACCGAUACACGUUGCACUGCAACUCCAGGUGUGUUAUUUUUAAACGCAUGUAAGCGUGUUACAUGCUGAUGUUCUUUUUACACGUUUCUUGCGGCUUCAAAUCACGUCAUUUAACGCCUGAGACGCGUACAUUAUAAUUUAAUGCGUUUAAACGCGUGGAACGGUGAGAGACGUGUAAAAAGAGACUCAGCCAAAAUAACACACUUGGAUGUGUAGUAUUGGGACGACGCGUUUUCUCGCGCGAUACAAUACGCUCUCCAAUUUCACUCUUUCGCUGCGACGAGUCUCGAGAGAAUGUUAAAAGUGCUCUUGGUGAAGAAUUAUUUAUUGCACGUGUACACUAAGUGCCGUAUGUGCCGUCGCACUCGUUGGAGACGGAAUUACUGCGAAUCCAAGUGUGUUAUUUUAACUGAAUUCUCCUUUGCACGUUUCUUUCAAAUCACAUCGUCUGGCACGUUUAAACGUAUAAGAUUAUAAUUCAUACGCAUUAAACGUGCCGCAUAACGUGAUUUAAAAGCACAAGAAUCGUGCAGAAAAAGCCUCGGUCAAUUUAAACGCAUUUAAAAAUAAACACGUUUGGAUUCGCAAUGGUCUCCGAAAAUUUCCAUUCGUACGCGACGACAUCUGGACAUUCGUAUGUCACGAUUGUUGAUUAAUGUUGCAUUUGACAAGCCAACGACGUUGCGAGUACUUUCUCGCUUCACGCAUAGUAAAUUUGUCUUUCACACAACGGCUGUUUCUGAAUACAAAUAUUUCUGAUCUGAAUAAUAUCUAAAUCUAAUAUCUAAAUUCUUAUUUCCUGGAAUAAUCGACAGUCGCAAGAUACCCGAAUAUUCAGAUGCGGCGCGUAAGAGUGGAAAUUCCCAAGAGUGUUGGACCGACGUUUGCUAUUGUAUAAUUGUUCAAAUAUAUUCCUUUCCUCUUCGUUCGUGAUACGCUCUAAAAUCCGCAGCCAAACUGAGAGACGCGAGUGAGACUUUUACGUUCUGUCGCGUCAAAUUUUCUUAAAAGUCCACAAAUCCCUUUCCCGUGCAAUUCUUGCCAGCGAAAGAGUUAAAUUCGCGACGUCGGGGAUUCAUCACGACAAGUUACGGACGAGAAUGGAAGAGCCGAGGCUCCCGUGAAUGCUAGAUCGUGUUACUUGCAACAAUGAAAAAAGAAAAGGAACAAUCGAUUUCUCGUCCGACGAUCCUCCAGAUCUCCUAGGGAUUAUCCCGUUGUAUCGCCCACACAGCGAGCAGUGCUAAACAGUAUUAUUGUACUUCCUCUUCGAGCCCCGUUUCCUCUUGAUUCCGCUCCCGCGACUCGCGUACUCUUAACGGCCGAAAUUCGCGAAACGUUUCACCGGCAUUCGUUUGUACCGGCCGUGGGACGGUCCGACAACAGCGUCGUCUCGCCAUAAAAUAAAAGCUUUUGUUGUGCCGAUGAACGAUCAACAGGCGUCGACGAGGACGCUUCGAGAUCGAGAUACUCGAGGUAUUGGCUCAUCAGCGAGCUGUCUCGCUUCAAACCUUUGCACCCCUUACACGGUGUUCUCAUGUUGAAUUUUGCGUCAUCUUCUUGUCGCUUUCUCAUCGCUGCUGUUCACUUUGACGUGCGGUAAUCAACGUCGACGGCUGUUCUCGGACAUUUCAUGACCGUGGUUGUUGCAAAAUGAUGUAUACACAUAUCGCUCCUCUUAUCCUCCGCUCUCUCGUUCUCGAUGCAUAAAGUUAAGACACGCAAACGACAAAGUAAAGCAUUCCUGCUCGGCCGCGCUCCAGGCAGGCGCGGGUACGACGCACGACGAAGGAUACGUGAAGGGGCUUACGAGGUGCUUCACCGCACUCGUUACACUCAAAAAAGGGACGUUUUGCUGGUCCAAGUAUAACUACAAGUAUCAGUUUGUCGCUGUUUUAUGUCUGUUAGAAAAUUGUCUAUGGCAUGUAAAAUUAACAGCAGCAGCAUUCCAAUAAUGUCUGCGACCAAAGGACCAUGUGUAAAGUGGGCGGAUUUUGACCUGAAAAAUGUAACAUAAGUUGUAACAUGUGAUGUUACGUUUUGGGGUCGCUGAGUAUGAUGAUAAAAAUGGAAAUUCGUCUCAAAGUUAAAAUGUUAUUUCUAAUGGUAAUUCGAUCAGUGACGAUGUUGUUCCGAUAUCAUUUAUGAUAUAGUGCUUUAGUUUCGUAACUUUUUUUGAAGAAAACUGAGGAAUCUUUUCAAGAUGAAACGCCUCGAAAAUGUUAAAUCUAACAUAGCGAAGUUGAUGUGAUAUAAAAACUAAAAAAGAUAGUAAAUUUUCUUAUUUGAAGAAUCUUGAGGCUCGUUAGAGACGCGACUGUAUAUAUUGCGCAGUUUUGAGGAUAUUGAAAUGAUUGAUGGUGGACUUCCAUACCACUUCACAGGUUUUACUAAAGAAAAGGAAAAUUCAGCAUUUCAGAUAAAGAAAUUUAGCAUUUCCUUAAUUUUCAAUGAAAGACAGUUAUGAAACCUGAGUUAUAUUAUACAAGUAAUGAAAUAAUUGGAACAAAAUUGUCACUAACCGAGUUAUUAUUAAGAAUGGCUUAUUUCGAUCCCUUUAAGGCAAAUUUUUACUUUCUCACGGGUAAAAAUGGCGGAUAAGAAUGUUACCAUCGGCGACCCAGAAAACGUAAGAUUACAUAUAUAUAUAUAUAUAUAUAUAUAUAUAUAUAUAUAUAUAUAUAUAUAU